GAGUCGUUCGCGAAUCGGACAUCGCUAGAGGAGAGGAGGAGAAUAGACGAGAGGUAAACCAGAAAAAAAAGGAGGAGAACGGGAGAGGGUGCUGACAUCUGAGGUAGGAACCUCAUCUGAAUGUGAGAAGCACCUCUACCUGCAGAGAUAAAGAACAUAUUUCUUGAGUGCUUCCAUUGUGAUAUACUCAGCUGGUACUGAUUUCCCAAAACCUUGAUGAUGCACUGAUUCUACACCAUGGCCCAGGAGGCUCUGUGGAAAUACCCACAAUCCUCAGCUCCCUGAAUUACAUUGGCAGCUUUUUUGGCUCAACGAGAAAACCUGUACAAGCCAUGAUGUCAGUCUGCGUGCCCUCACCACAUAACCCCUCCCCCUCUGUGGACGUAGCCAAUCGCAACGGGCCCUCUGCAACUCCGCCCAAUUCCCUCAGCCUGCGUUCCUCACACAAUCAACUGCUAAGUGGUGAUGUCAUCAAACCAGGCCAGGCCACGCCCCCAAAGUGCCGAAAGAAGUAUGCACUCACAAGCAUUCAGAGUGCGAUGGGACUCGGCGAAGGCGUGACGCCACCGUCGUCAUCUUCAGCAACUACUGCCAACCCUAAACUGGCCAAAAAUGGUGCAAAUCAGUUACGUAAAGCUGCGGAGCGACAGGAUCACAACAAGAACACCACCGAAGAAGACGAAGAUGGAAACACAGCUGGCGAAUCCGAGCUCAACAUCAAUGAUGAGUUGAGGAACGUUGAGGAAUUAAGCCUCGACAGUGAGUCUAACGUUGACGACGUUCACAGUGACUUUGACCCCAACAAUGAGCUUGUUGAUGAGGAUGUUAAUGAGUUGGUUGAUGAUGACGGUAAUGAGGAGGAUCGUGUGGAGUAUUGUGAUGACCUGCUCAUUCUGUCCGAGAAAACUGAGAUCGUUUCAGACAGGAAGUCCCCUGAGCACCUUAAGACCAAGAGUUACCUGGAGUCAUGCCUGGAUGACCUGUCAUACGAACUGCCUGAUGUGCAGGAUGAGGAUGUCACUAAGCCAUUGCUGGAGAAAGAGAAGAAUCCCUGCCCCUCAUCUCCACAGAAACCGCACAGCCCUGAGGACACGCCCCUCCUGUCUGUCGGCUCCUCAUCUUCCUCUUCCUCACCGGAGACGAAAAAAGACCGACCACGGACAGGAGCCAAGACAGACCGGGCACUAAACCGCAUCCAGAACCUUCCACACAGUGACGAGGAGUCCAGCUGGACCACAUUGUCACAGGACAGUGCAUCACUGGGCUCACCAGAAGAGAGCGAUAUCUGGGGAGAGCAGUCAUUUCAGACAGACCCUGAUUUGCCUCCAGGAUGGAAGAUGAUGACAGACAUGGCUGGUAUUUAUUACUGGCACAUUCCAACAGGCACCACACAGUGGGAGAGACCCGCCCCAUGCCAUCCGGUGCCAACUGGACCCAGCCAUGCCAGCCGCAAACACUCCCUGGGCUCCCUUUCGCCUUCGCCCACUCCAGAUCACGAGUCGAUGUCUCAUGCCGACGUGUUUUUCGGAACGUCAAGUCGUUCAGGCAGCACCGCUUCCGACAGCUCGUCUGAUCCCGCCCCCAUCCCGUCUUCUACAUGUCUGGACCCUACUCCUAUCCUGUCCUCAAACUCUUCCUCAUCCUCUGACGGCAAUGUUCCUUCCUGUGGAUUCGUCAACAGCUGCUACUUUCCUCGGUCCUCAUCCCUACAGAUAAUGCCAGGGAAGGACAGACACUCCGAGGCACGCCAUCGGGAAGAGGAAAAGAAACAGCCAUGGAGUGAUUUUGCAGUGGGAAAGAUUGAUAGUGAGAUCUGGAAGGAUCUACAGGCGGCCACAAUAAACCCUGACCCCAGUCUGAAAGAGUUUGAAGGCGCAACUCUCCGCUAUGCCUCCCUCAAACUACGAAACCCUGCUCCUGUGGAAGAGGAAGAUUCUUGCAGCAUUAACAGUGACCCUGAAGCCAAGUGUUUUGCUGUGCGCUCUCUCGGCUGGGUAGAGAUGGCAGAAGAGGACUUGGCUCCAGGUAAAAGCAGUGUCGCUGUUAAUAACUGCAUCCGUCAACUGUCCUACUGCAAGAAUGACAUACGAGACACUGUGGGCAUCUGGGGAGAGGGGAAGGAUAUGUACCUCAUUCUGGAAAAUAACAUGCUGAAUCUGGUUGACCCGAUGGAUCGUAGCGUUCUACACUCUCAGCCAAUCGCAAGCAUCCGUGUGUGGGGUGUCGGCCGUGAUAAUGGAAGGGAUUUUGCAUAUGUAGCGCGAGAUAAGGACACCAGGAUAUUAAAAUGUCAUGUGUUCCGCUGUGACACCCCUGCCAAAGCCAUCGCCACCAGUCUGCACGAAAUCUGCUCCAGGAUCAUGGCAGAGCGCAAGAAUGCCAAAGCUAUGGCUGGAGGAUCCCUACAGGACAGAACACAUGCUGGGCUCGACGUCCCACUACAAGCAGAGUUCCCCACACCAAAGACUGAACUGGUGCAGAAGUUCCAGGUGUUAUACGUUGGCAUGAUGCCGGUUGCCAGACCUAUAGGUCAGGGUGGCUCUGACCUCCAAUCUCGUCUUAUUUAUUGGACCCCAGGCAUGGACAUUCUCAACGGUGCAAUAGACAGUUUGAUUACAUCUUCAAUCCGAGACGACUGGAUCCCAGUGAUGUUGAAUGUAGCCGAUGCAACAGUCACAGUCAUCAAAGAGAAGGAGGAAGAGGAGGUCCUAGUGGAGUGUCGUGUACGUUUCCUGUCCUUCAUGGGAGUAGGAAAAGAUGUGCAUUCAUUUGCAUUCAUCAUGGACUCUGGGAACCAGCACUUUGAGUGUCAUGUUUUUUGGUGUGAUCCCAAUGCUGGCAGUGUGUCUGAAGCUGUUCAGGCAGCAUGCAUGUUGAGGUAUCAGAAGUGUCUGGUGGCACGCCCUCCAUCUCAGAAAGCCUGCUCCCAAGCACCCCCUGCUGAUUCAGUCACACGCCGCGUCUCCACCAGCGUCAAACGCGGAGUUCUGUCCCUCAUCGACACACUCAAACAGAAGAGACCAGUCACUGAGCUCCCCCAGUGAUCUGACACACAAGCACGCAUACUCACCGUCACGCUCUGCAUGCUUAUAACUAUCAGAAUGUCCUGUACAUACCUGUCCAGUCACAUGAUGGAGAUGAGGAGGAACUCGAGGACGAAAACUGAAAGAAAACCUACAAAUAAUUAUGACAUGAGCUGAUGCCAAGAAAAUACACUCACAAACACAUACCUGAUCCACUAUCUACAAGCCUCUCUCUUCCAUCACCCAUAUGUCAGUCGUGUAUAUCUGCAUGGAAAGCUAUGCCUCUCCAGCAUGACAAUAACCAACAGCCUCCGCCCAUCUAUAAACACCGCUUCAUCUGGACAAAGCCUGCUGAAAGAGAACUCAACCUGAAGAAAGUUUGUGUAAUUCAGAAAGAACAAAUUUGGCUGUUUCACACACCAGAGCUUCUUUGUAUCGUCACAGUUCAUAGCUGUUGCAUGUCCAUAUGUGUGUGCGGGUGUGUAGAAGAGCUUGAUGCUGCUUCAUUUGCUAAAGGAUGUUCACAAGUGUCAUAAAAACAAGCUUUUUUUGUUGCAUUCUUUGUUAUCCUGAUGAACACGAAAGAAGAAGAAUGAACUGAUGAGAGGAAGUAAAACUUAGAAGAUUGUGAAGGGUUGCACUCUGUUCCAUUCAAAGUUGGAUGUUGAAAAUUCCUACUUGAUAUCUUCUGAACAAGGUGCUCCAGUGCUCAAAAGAUGAAUCAUUAGCGAUAUUUUGGUGAAAUUUUGCCGGGAAAAAUGUCCAUCGUCAAUAGUGUGAAGAUGUUUGAAGCACAGUUCACACAAAAGUCAUGACAUACUAGUCACAUGGAUUCCUAUUGAAAUGGCUUGAUUUCAAACUCAAAGAUUCGCCAAACAGUGAAUGUCCUGCACCUUAAGACAACAGUGCUAACUUAGCAUUGCUUUUGUUCAGUGUCAACAAUGAAAUCUUCUACCAACCAAUUUGCAGAGUAUAAACGACUCUACGCAAUGCGCAAGUUGGAAGUUCGACUUCAAGUGAAGUUCCUUUGCACUUUUCCAAGUAGGAAGUUGGAAAUUGAGCGAAACGCAGCAUUAAUUUCAAAACGCAUCAAAGCUUUCACCAAAUGAUUUUUUUCUUUUCAAGAAGCUCUGCUGACACACUUGUCUUCACUGAAAGUUGAUGAGGAGGCUUGUAAAAGAUGCGAAUAUGAAAUGAACAGCGUUUAUGAAUCAAACAUCCCAUAGACUUGCCCUGCAUUAACACAGUUGGAAGGACAUGACCUGUUCAGUUCAGUGUGUAGAUGUAAAGUAUGAAUGUGCUUUUUAUAUUUCCAAAGUGAAAUUGCCUUUUUUUUUUCUUUUGAAAGAGAGAAUGUUGCAGAAGAGAACUGAAAUACUCAUGGAGCGAAAUACAGGAGGCGAGAAGAACUUUGCUUAGAGCCAAACAGUUCAAUGGUGUCACUUCUGCUUUGAACCCCAGCGUAGUGCUUACUUCCUCGAGAGGCUCUCCAGUGACUGAAAGUCAAAAAUACCUGACUUAAUAGGAACUAUCUUCAGCACAUCCAAGUUAGUGAAAAAACUAAAGAGCUAUUUCUGUUCCAGCAUCCGUUCCUCACGUUUGGAUGCCAUUAGUGGCUCUACAUGUCCUGGUUGCGCUUCACAAUGUUUUGUUUUUUUGACCCGCACGCACCCACGUGGUCUUGCUGUGCUCUGGCGUGCCACCUGUAUUCCUAGACCUACCCUUUCUUUCACAAGGGUUUUGACAAGUCACUUAUGUGUGUACAUACAGUAUCUAUAUAUAGCAAACAUCAUAUCAUAAGGCUUUAUUUUUCAAAUUUCAGAUACUUUUAUUUUGUCAUGUUUUUUUGGUUAUACUUGCCUUGGCAUGUCUUGUGAUCCCAUUUGUUCUGGCCAUACUGUAAAAAAAUUCAUGUACGUGUUGUAGAUAAACCAACUGACAAAACAAAGAAAAGAAGAAGAGUGAAUGACGGUAGAGAUUGUGAAUAUGAAUUUAUUUUAUGGUCCUUUUUAGGAGAGCUAGCUCUAGGGGAGGAGAUGUGAACUGUAAGUGUCUAUCUAUGCAUUCUUUUAGCUCUGAGGAAGAUUUGAGAGAGAAAAAAAGACACAUUGCCUUGCAUGUCCUGGGACAAUUUAAGAAGAAAAACUGUACUGAACAGAAAUGAUAUUUUUUAUUUUAUUUAUUCUAUUUUAUAUCGGUAUAUACUGGUUUUAUUGUGAUGUAUCAUAUGCUUAGACAUUCUUUACCCUGUCUCGGACAACAAAUCAAACAAGAAAUGUCAAUCCAAAAUAUUGUACAGUUACUCUGGUGACCCUCAGACGCUGCCUGCCAUGGUAACAUAACAUUUGAAAGGCCUUGUAGGAACUUUACAUUCUGCCCAGACCAACAUUAGAUAGAUUAAUGUAACUUCAGUCUGCUUUAGAAUACACUAUAUGAUGUUCAAGUGGCUAUUUUAGUGCAACCAAUAGUUACAGGCAUAAAAUCAAUCGUACAGCCAAACAAUCACAUUUUGGGACAUUCACACAAAACGCGUUCUGUGACAAUUUGAGAAGCAGUGUAGGAAAUUGCCACCAAACACAGGGUCUCAGUAAUCUUUCCUUCCCUAUUGCGAUAAAUAUCCAAGUGAAACGGUUUCUCGAACAAGAAAAAAUGUAAGGCGGGACUUGAUUUUGUCCAUUGGGAAUUGAUUGCAUCAUUUGCUAGUGCUGUGAUCUCAUGUGAGUGACAGUUUGUCCCGCCCUCGCGCCAGUAAACACAUCAUCAGUGUUUCCCCGCGGAAUUGGCCUACUUUUACACUGUUGCCGCUGGUUGUUUUUCAUGUCCGCGGGUUGAAGUGACCCCAAACUGCAUGAUAUUUAGCACCUGGAAAGCGAAUUUUACCAGAACCCCACCAAAAACGUGGAUUUUAUCCCCCGAAACGUGAUUUUUACCCCCCCACCCCCGCCCCUGGAACAUGCUUGGGCUAGUUUUGAGUAGCAAUUGGGCGGGUUUUGUUGUGAAAACCUGGCAACCCUGCACAUCAUUAGAAUUUUUUUUUUUAAGUAUGAUGUGCAUGGAUAAAUUAUUUAAAAAAAAACCACUGCAAUAUUGCAUAAAAAUAUAUGAAUUGUCAGUUUUGAAUUCAUGGUGACUAAAGUUGGUUGAUUUCAUGGUGACUUUAAAUGAUGAGUUUUAAAAAUGUGGUGCCCAUGUGCAAGACGCUGGGACAUGGCACAAUGGUAAAAGUCCUUCUAAUAAUGUAUAUUGCUAUUUAACAGCAAAACAAUUAAAAAGCAGUGUAAUGGUCUGGAAUGCCAUUUUUAGCACAAUAGGAAGCAGUGAAAGCUGUUAUAACAGUAAAAGGAAUAGCAUCCUAUUAAUUAGGUCUAGCGCCCUAAUAAUGAUGAUUUAUAUUAUAUUACACAUCAUUUUGGUCAUUUAGUGUGUUUCAAAAUGUCAGUUUAAACAGUUUCAUCAAUAGACACAUUCGUCAAGAUUGUCAUCAGGUUUUUCACAAUGACCAAAAUUAGAAGGUAUUAGUUUGGGCAGUAUGUAGAUGUUCCACUAGCUCCACUUUAACCAUUACUCCUGUAUCUUGACCACACAAGGCCCAUCGUAUUCUGCUUUUCACCCUGCAGAUAAUCAGAGUGAGAUGGUGAAAAAAGCAUUGUCUGUAUAGACGUGUCAAUCUGCCUGCGUACUGCACCCCCUCAAUCUCCCCUUCUUAUUCCGUCUUUUGCAGUUUCGAAAAAGUGCACGUUGGUUUUCUGUUCAGCUCUUUCAUGUGAGUUUCACUCUGUGAUUUUGGGUCUUAUACAAUGCAAUGUUUUCUUUUGGAUUCAUUUUUUGAUGGGGAGGGGGGAUGGGUUCAUGGCAAAUAAAAAUCAAUCACACUUUGUUUAGAAAUGAAUUCAGUGGCAACCAGCAAAGUCAGCUGUUACAUGCAAGAGGGAGGGGGCUUAUGGGUAAUGUAGUCCAGUACAAUAAUUCAGCAUAGAAUCAUCAUCAUUCUCAUGUUAGCCAAGAGUAGUGUGUUUGAUUGACUCUAGUGUUCUUGCAUGGUGAAACACUCUGAUUGACGACUAUCAGAGGAAAUCUCAUCACAAGAAUUAACAAGCUAAGAAUUAACACUCUACCGGUGACGUAAACUCGAACACGAUUUUGUGGAAACAUUGGCUUUCUCUGCUCUACACUAAUUUGUACACCAUAUAAAUGUAAACUGUUGUGAAAAUAAAUGGCAUAUCACAAAAUACAUCAAAA